CAAAAUGCCAUAGUGGCAAUACAGUGCGCAACCACACUGAACGGCGCAUCAUAGCAUCCACUGCAUGAAAAUUGUGAAAGUCUACCAAAAAAAAAAAAAAAAAAAAGCCUCGAAUGUUGCAUACAUAACGAACAUGGCCGCCCAGAAUAGAAAAAGAAGAUGAGAAACAAUUCAGCAGAUGUAAAAGAGCUUAACUUUCACAUCUAAAGUUAGUUUUGACUCUAUAGUUUGCGCCAAACCAGCUCUGCAAAGAGACUUUCCCUGUAUCUCUCAAAAUCCCAAAAGGAAAUCCAUUUAUUUUCUUCCCAACUUCUCUCAUUUUCUCGCCUUUUGUCCAUUUCUUUUGUGACCCUCGACGGGUUUUGAAGUCUUGGCUUAGAUGGGUUCGAGAUCAACAUCUGCAAUGAAGCCUUUUGAAAACAGUGAAAAUGACCUGGAAACUGGUAAGUUAGACAAAGACAGAGAUAGGACAGCACGAGUUCACAGGGUGCUAAAGAUACAUAAUCAAGCCUUAUUGUCUGGCCUCGCAUAUUGCAUUUCGUCAUGCAGCAUGAUUCUGAUCAACAAGUUUGUACUUUCCAGCUAUGAUUUUAAUGCUGGGAUAUCUUUGAUGGUUUACCAGAAUCUUAUUUCAGUGAUUAUUGUGUCAAUAUUGAGUUUUCUUGGCAUAAUAUCAACAGAGCCACUAACAUGGAGAUUGGUUAAAGUUUGGCUACCUGUGAAUGCUAUUUUUGUUGGAAUGCUCAUUACAAGCAUGUUUAGUUUGAAAUACAUUAAUGUCGCUAUGGUCACUGUCCUGAAAAAUGUUACCAAUGUGAUAACUGCUCUUGGCGAAAUGUAUCUAUUCAGUACGCAUCAUGACGGCAGAGUUUGGGCUGCUCUGUUCCUAAUGAUAAUUUCGGCCAUUUCUGGAGGGGUUACUGAUCUAUCUUUUCAUGCCGUUGGCUAUGCGUGGCAGAUUGCUAAUUGUUUCUUAACUGCAUCCUAUUCUCUAACCCUGCGUAGGGUCAUGGAUACAGCAAAGCAAGUUACCAAAUCUGGAAAUUUGAAUGAGUUUUCAAUGGUCUUGCUCAAUAACACCCUAUCAUUGCCUUUAGGGAUUCUUCUAAUUUUUGUUUUCAAUGAGGUGGAUUAUCUCUCCAGAACGCCACUAUUGAGUUUGCCAACCUUCUGGUUUGUAAUGACAAUAAGUGGAGUUUUGGGACUAGCAAUCAGCUUCACUUCCAUGUGGUUUCUUCAUCAAACUGGGGCUACAACGUACAGCCUUGUGGGGUCAUUGAAUAAGAUCCCUUUGUCAAUUGCUGGCAUCCUUCUUUUCAAAGUUCCUACCAGCUUGGAAAACUCCACAAGCAUACUCUUCGGUCUCUUGGCUGGAGUAUUCUUCGCUAGGGCGAAAAUGCGGACAAGAUCUCAAACCUGAAAAGUAGCAAAAGUAAUGUAGCUUUAGAUGAUAACCUAAUUUUGCACUCUUUUCAGUAAAUUGCAUCCGAGAGCUUGACCAUCCCAUGAAGUCAUAAAGGACAGUUAAUAGAGCAGUUUUUCUUCUUAAAAUGGAGACAAAAGGAGGGAAAAACAAGCUCUUUAAGUGCUGUUCUAUUCUCUUGAUAUAUAUUUUUCCCCUUGUUACAUGAGAGAAGGACAUUGUAUUGGAACUUGGGAUGGAUUGGGUGCCGAGCUUGUUGUAUUAUUGAGGGAAGAUGCGAGCACAGAGCACUAGUUCUUUUCCAGAUAUAAACUGUAACAUCAUGUAACUGAUUCUUAUCUUACCUUGUACCAUCAUUGAAGUUGAAACCUUCUCUUCAAUGUGUUACUUCAGCUACUGAAGAUCAACACUGAAAGUGGAUUUUCUUU